AUGACUAUCUUCAUCGUCUCUCUCUUCCUUCCGAACACCGUGAACUUCAUCCUCCCCGAAGGAACCUCCCAGAGACGCCCGUCCAGCCCUCGGAGGAGACACCACCGCCGUGAGAGCUCCGACUUCAACCGGAGAGCCCACAACACCCUCUUCCCCAAGAGGCCUACUUCCUCGUCCUCCUCGUCCUCUCCCACCUCCACCACGGCACCAAAACACCUCCUCAAGGACCAUGCGCGCCUUUUCGCCCCAACACCAGACAAGUUCACCCCGCUGGACCUGCUGCGGAGGACCGAGGACGGCAGGCAGCAGCCGCUCACCCCCAGCGACCCCCAUGCUCCCCUCUGGGGCGCGACCGGCGUCUUCAACCAGCCCAGACCCCGCCCCAGCCAGUCUCCCUCCUCCUCAAUUCUCCAGCACAACAGCAUCGCCGGCCCGGCACCGAAACUCGUCAAACGGGCUUCCACCCCGGUCAAGCUCGAGGAACGUCCCGAAUCUUCUCCGCCGGAAAAAGCAUUCUCGGACGCCGCAUGGACCAUAGAACCCUCCGAGCAAGGCAACGGCGGCCUCUUCAACGCCAUCCGCUCCGCCAACCUCGAGGCCCCGCAGGACAAAUUGUGGAUCCCAGACAACCCAAAGAGCAAAGCCUACGAGGACCAUUCCUGGGUCUACUACAAGGCCGUCAAUCAGGCCUUUGCCGACAGGAUCGUGCGCAACUGGAAGCGUGGUGACAUCAUCUGGGUCCAUGACUACCACCUACUCCUCGUCCCGUCCAUGAUCCGCAAGCAAUUGCCCGAUGCCAAGAUCGGCUUCUUCCUCCAUACCGCUUUUCCUUCCUCCGAGGUGUUCAGGUGUCUUUCUGUCCGCAAGGAGCUGCUGUACGGCAUCCUCGGUGCUAACCUGGUUGGCUUCCAGACCCAGGAGUACUGUCAUCAUUUCCUUCAGACCUGUAGCAGGAUCCUGACGGUCGAAGCCACCAACGAGGGCGUCCAGCUGGAGGAUCGUUUUGUCAAUGUUGGCACGUUCCCGAUUGGAAUCGAUCCCCCUUCGCUGGACCUGAGACGCAAGGGCACCGACGUUGAGAAUUGGAUGCGUACCAUAAGAGACAGAUACCAGGGGAAGCGUCUCGUGGUCGCGCGAGACAAGCUGGACAAUAUCCGUGGCGUCAGACAGAAGCUUCUUGCCUAUGAACUCUUCCUGAACAAGUACCCCAAAUGGAGAGACAGUGUGGUUUUAAUCCAGGUUGCAUCCUCAAGUGCGGAGCAUUCAGAACUCGAUGCGACGAUUUCAGACAUAGCAACCCGGGUCAACUCGCUUCACUCGAGUCUUGCCCACCAGCCCCUGGUUUUCCUGAACCAAGAUCUCCUUUUCCCUCAGUACCUCGCCUUGAUCUCGGUGGCGGACGUCUUCAUGGUGACAAGCCUGCGCGAGGGCAUGAAUCUGACAAGCCACGAGUACAUCCACUGCCAGGAUGGGAAGUAUACCAACAACAAGCAUGGCCCCUUGAUUCUCAGCGAAUUCACGGGGAGCGCCUCUGUCUUUGAAGGGCAUCCUUUACUCGUGAAUCCGUGGAACUACCAGCAAUGCGCCGAUGCGCUCAACACUGCUCUGGAGAUGCCCCCUGAAGAACGAGAGCAGCAGUGGACUAGGCUUAACGACCAGGUCAAUGCCCAUACCACGGACAAAUGGGUCAAAAACUACAUCGAAGCCCUGGAUAGAGCGUUUAGCGAACAGGCCUGUCGUGAUAACGUGUCGAUCCCACGACUGUCCGUCAAUAACCUAAUGAAGUUAUACAGAGCAUCGUCUCGUCGGCUGUUCAUCGUCGACUACGAAGGGACUCUCGCUUCGUGGGGUUCGCCUACCAGCAUCGUUCUGACAACCCCGAAACGAGCCAUCGACACGCUUAAUGACCUGCUGGAGGAUCCCAAGAAUACAAUCUACGUGAUGAGCUCCAGGAUGCCGGAAGAGAUGGAGCGGCUGUUCCGCCAGGUCCCCGGUCUGGGCCUCAUAGCCGAAAACGGAUGCUUCGUUCGAGAAGCACACCGAGAGGAGUGGAUCAAACUCAUCGACGAUGAAGAGACCCGGGAAUGGAAGGACAGCUUGGCUGAUAUGAUCAACUACUUCCACGUACGCACUGAGGGUAGCUGGGUCGAAGAGCGUCACUCUUCUCUCGUUUUCCACUACGAUAACGCCGAGGAUCCUCAGACGGCGGGACGGCAUGCGUCGGAUUGCGCGAACCACAUCAACGACACGUGCCAGCAGCACCGAAUUCGCGCUGUCGCCGUCGAUGGCGCGGUGAUAACCGAGCCGAUCAGCCCCAACAAAGCCACGGCGGCGGAUCUUGUGCUGAGGCACAUCCUGGCCCGGGCCGAGAAGGACAAGGACAGUGCCGCCAAGCCGGAUUUCCUGUUCGUGGCGGGCGACGGCCGCGAAGAUGAGGUGGUCUUCCGCUGGGCCAAUAAACUAGAAGAGAAGAAGUUGAUUGAGAACAUCGAGACUGUCACCCUUGGUUCGGCAAAUACGGAGGCAAAGGCUACUUUGGCGCAAGGGGUCACGGGAGUCCUGUCCUGCCUUGGAAAGCUCGCUGCGAUUUCGCAUGAUGUUGAACCAAACGAAUACCUGGCUGAACGGGAGAUCCCUUAUAAAAUCUAACCCGCCAUGCAUGACGACACAAUAUUCCUAUUUCGGAUAAAAGGAAGUUUUUUCUAUUUAUACAUAUGUAUUUUUCAAUUUUUUUUUUUUUGUUUUCGGCGCAUUCUUUUUUUUUUUUAAGAAAAAGUGUACUGUAAGAAAUGCUAUCUUGGCGAGCGACUUCUGGAUUCUUGACUGGCAUGACCACUCCCAUCUUGCAUCGUUUUACCUUUUUUCUUCUCCUUUUUAUUCUCUCCCCCCCAGCGUGGGGGUCGGACUUUUGUGUCUGCACAGAGCAGAGCGUAGGGAAGGUUGGACGGGAUGUAUCAGGUAGCUUUUGGACUUGUACAUAACUACUAGAAUGGAACGGCUAAAUGAUAACA